AUGAAUCCUACCCCUUUAGCUGAUCGGAUGAGAAAUGACGAUCCUCGAAUACUCAAACUGGGUUCAACGUUGAGGACCCGAAUGAGUUGUAGUACUACAGGUUCAUCGGGUCAGAGUGUGAGUUCUUCCGGUACUGGAAAUUCGAGUUCGGGUUCUAGUUCGGGUUCAUCUAGAGUUGAAAUAGUUCCGGCUGGCAAUAUUUGCCCGUCCGGUAAGGUGAUAACUGGGAUGCGUAGUAAGCCAGUUAGGACUGUGUUAAGUGAUAAUGAGAUGAUACCCGGAAUGUAUGGGUACGGGAGCAUAAUGCCUGCCGGAGCUACUCGGAGAACCCGUGGGGUUUCCGAAUUGAAAGUGAAAGGUAAUGAGAAUUACAAGAAGGGUAAUUUUUUGGAAGCAUUAUAUUUUUAUGACAAAGCUAUAGCAAUUUCUCCGAGUGAUGGAAGAUUGCGUUGUAAUCGAGCUGCUGCAUUGAUGGUUCUUAAGCGAAUAUCGGAAGCAUUGAAAGAAUGUGAAGAAGCCAUUAGAUUAGCUCCAGCAUAUGUUCGAGCACACCAGCGUUUAGGAUCAUUGUUACUUAGUUUAGGACAGGUUGAAAAUGCAAGGAAGUGUUUGUUUUCGCUAGAUCAGAUACCAGACGAAGCGGAGUUGCACAAGUUGGAAACAGUGGAGAACCAUAUCAAUAAAUGCACUGAGGCUCGGAGACUUGGAGAUUGGACUAGUGUGUUAAAAGAGGCUGAAGCAGCAACCAGUCGUGGAGCUGAGGCGUCUGCUCAGCUAUUUGCGUGUCAAGCGGAAGCUCAUUUGAAGCUACAUCAAUUAACGGAUUCUGAAUUGUGGAUGUAUAAAGCUAAGAUGUAUGAGCCAUCUGCGAGAGCAUACAAGUCAAAAAAUUUCGGGAUGAUAUCUGAAGCAUACAUAUUAUUUGUCCAAGCUCAGAUCGAGAACACUCUUGGAAAGUUUGAUAAUGCGUGUGCUGCGAUUGAAAGAGCUGCACAAGUUGAUCUUCAAAGUAGUGAAGUUAUUGGUUUACUAAAAAACAUGAGGUUGGUGGGGCGAGCUCGUUCUCUUGGAAACGAGUUAUUUAAAUCUGGAAGAUAUAUAGAAGCUUGUAGUGCUUAUGGGGAAGGGCUGUCGCGUGAUUCUUUGGAUCCGAUUCUCUACUGCAAUAGAGCAGCUUGCUGGUAUAAACUUAAAAAGUGGGAAAAAUCUUUGGAUGAUUGCAACCGUGCUCUCCUUAUCCGGCCACAAUAUACUAAAGCUCUUUUCCGAAAGGCUGCCUCAAAUAUCAAGCUGGAAAGAUGGGCUGACGCUGUGAGAGAUUAUGAGAUUCUGUGGCAGCAACUUCCAAGUAACGAAGAGGUUGCUGAAAAUUUAUCCCAUGCCCGAGCUGAAUUAACGAAGUCACACAGAGAAGGUAAUGGCAUGGUGGAGUUGGUUUCAGAUGUUGACAAGUUCCGAGCUGCGAUUGCAUCUGGUGCAUCUGUGGUCUAUUUUGAUGAAUUAUCCGAUCCACUAUGCACGUGGAAGUCCUACGUCAUGGGUACCUUGAGCGCCAAAUAUCAUCCAGUAAUUUUUCUCAAGGUGGACAUGAAACAGAGUUUAGCAAUCGCUACAGCAGAGAAUAUUACAGUAGCAUCUACAUUUAAGCUUUACAAGGAUGGCAAUUGUAAGGUGGAUAUGGUCACCGCAACUCCAGAUUUGUUGGAGUUCUCGAUUAGGGACACCCUCUUAUGUCCCAUCUAGAAAGGAUUUUACAUAUACCAUAUGGUUGUUCGUGGUCUACAGAGGGAAAGUCUAGUCUCCUUUUUUACCCUCGUUCGUUCAUUCCCCA